CGCUUUUCCCGCCUCCGCCGGGACUGAGCUGCGGUCCGGGUGACAGUUGAGGAUGGCCGGAGCUGAGGAGUCCGCCGGGCGGCAGUCGGAGCUGGAGCCCGUGGUGUCGUUGGUCGACGUACUCGAGGAGGACGAGGAGUUGGAGAACGAGGCGUGCGCCGUCCUGGGCGGCAGCGACUCGGAGAAGUGCUCCUACUGGCAGGGCUCAGUAAAGAGACAAGCACUAUAUGCUUGUAGUACCUGCACCCCAGAGGGAGAAGAACCAGCAGGAAUUUGCCUAGCUUGCAGUUAUGAAUGUCACGGAAGUCAUAAACUAUUUGAGUUGUACACAAAAAGAAAUUUUCGUUGUGAUUGUGGAAACAGCAAGUUUAAAAAUUUGGAAUGCAAAUUAUUUCCUGACAAAGCAAAGGUAAAUUCUGGCAAUAAGUACAAUGACAACUUUUUUGGACUAUACUGCAUUUGUAAGAGACCUUAUCCUGACCCUGAAGAUGAGAUUCCAGAUGAGAUGAUCCAAUGUGUGGUCUGUGAAGACUGGUUCCACGGCAGGCAUCUUGGUGCCGUUCCCCCUGAGAGUGGAGAUUUCCAAGAGAUGGUGUGCCAGGCUUGUAUGGAACGUUGUUCUUUCUUGUGGGCUUAUGCUGCACAGUUGGCAGUAACCAAAGUAUCUACUGAGGAUGAUGGGUUGGUGCUGAAUGUUGAUGGAACAGGUGACCAGGAAGUUAUCAAACCUGAAAAUGGAGCUCAUCAAGACAGUGCCCUCAAAGAAGAUCUUCCUGAUCGUAGAAAGGAUGUCGCCACGGACGUUAAAGCAGAGCAGAAUAGUGAACCUUGUGCCAGUUCUAGUUCUGCAUCGGAUCUUCAGACAGCACCUAAGAAUCAAAGCCUCAACACAGAACCACGGUCCGGCUGCAAGCUUGAGGCACUUAAAACCAAGCAGUUUGUGAAGAAAGACACUGCCACCUAUUGGCCCCCGAACUGGCGCAGCAAACUGUGUACCUGCCAAGAGUGUAUGAAAAUGUAUGGAGAGCUAGACGUCCUGUUCCUGACAGAUGAACACGACACAGUGCUGGCUUAUGAAAACAAAGGCAAGAGUGACCAGGCAGCCGAUCGGCGCGACCCUCUGAUGGACACCCUGAGCAGCAUGAACAGAGUCCAGCAAGUGGAGCUUAUCUGUGAAUACAAUGACUUGAAGACUGAACUUAAAGACUAUCUCAAGCGAUUUGCUGAUGAAGGCACGGUUGUCAAGAGAGAGGACAUUCAGCAGUUCUUUGAAGAGUUUCAGUCAAAGAAGAGAAGAAGAGUGGACGGCAUGCAGUAUUACUGCAGCUAGGGUGCAGUGGCACCUCCUCGGGCCGGCGGCCCUGCCCUCGCUGUUCCCGGAAUAAAAGAGGCACAUUCCCGCGGCUCCCGGCUGUCCUCCUCCGGCCUCCCGCGCGGCAGUGGCCGCCAUGUCUGAGCUGAUUUCACAACCAGCGUUCCUCUUCCUGCCUCAGCUAGUGCACCUCAUUCCACAGACUUCAGCCCCCGACCCCAGUAGGCCCAGUUUGAUUUGGUUAUGAGAAAGCAAGUUGGUUUCUUCCCUGAGGGUUUGUUCCUGAACGCCCGAGCGCUGCGGGGCUGUUGCCGCCCAGGACCUGCGCCGUAGGUGUCACAGAGGCUCUGCCGUCGGCCAGGCCCUCUGUGGGUCCCUUCACCCCUCCAGUCGUGGUGCCUUGGUCAAGGCUUCCCGGAGCCUGCUCUCCUCCGGCCGCUCCGCUCUCUGAGGUGUGCUCCUGGCUUAGGCCCCUCUGGGCCCAGCCUCCAGGGCCAUCACCCAGACUGAUGGCUUUCUGGCCUGCUGGCUGUCAGUGCAGGGAGAGGGACUGGUGACAGGGUUGAGGAAGCAGAUCUUUGUCACAGAUUCCAUGGCUUAGUUUAUAGUGACAUUGUCCUUUCCGAGCCUCCUGGCACCAGGACGUCAGACGUGGAGGCCCCUAGUGCUCACGGGGCUUCCGAGAGAAAACCUGCCAGUGCCGCAGGGCCCUUUGCUGCCUCGACACGACCGCGUCACCCCUGUGAAACCUGGGAGGUUAAGAAGUCCUCUGGAUUUCUGUACAUUAUCAGGGAUAUUCAUGAGCUUAUAUUAAAAAUGGACCUAUUUUGAUAUCGUUCUGUUUUGGAAAUGUUACUAGAACCCCAAUAAAUUAUUGCUUUUCCCUUUGAAUCUGUGCUGAAGAAAAGACUUAGCUCACCGGUGGUGAGUAGGGCAGGACGUGCCCUGCUUCGGAAGAGCCAGACUGGGGCAGGUUCAGCUGCGCACGUGAUGAGGUUUGUGUAGCGACGCUCACGUCCCCAGCUGGCUCCCUAGUGACUGUGACCUUUUGAGGGUCCUCACGGAGGAUUGUGCAGAACCUGCAUUAAGGGCAAAUCCUUGCGGUUGGUGUGACACUCAGCCACUCAGGCCGGGUGGGAGCACCUUUUGUCACCCAAAGUGGAGAGCCUUCAAGGAACAGGGCCUUUCCCGACAUUGGGUGACACUGAGGCAUGUGCAGAGGGGGCUUUGGGGCCACGUGUGACUCUGGAUGUCCUUUUGUGCCCCACAGCCAUGGGGAGGGUACCGGCCAAUCCCUAAGCAAGAUGAGCUUGUCCUACAGCAUCCAGGCCCCCGGGAAGUGUUAAGUCAUGUCUUGGGCAUUCAGCCUCCUAGUUCCAGGUCUUGGGAAGCGUGACGUGGAGCUGGGGAAGUUUGAGUGCCCUCAGCUGGCCUCGCGGAGAGGGCUCUGUGACCUGGGGGCGCCGGGUCUGAGGAGAUGUUGAACCCUUUCUGCAAAAUUGCACUGACGGUUUCUAUCUACCCAAACGUCUGAUUUAACUACCAGGAACUCCUGUCCUAUGACAGGUCAGGACCAAGCCUCGGAGGCCAUGUUACUCGCAGCACAACAGUACAAACCCCCCGUUCUGAAGGGCUGGUUCUAGGGAAGGCACCGCUCCCUACAGUACCGGGAAGCCUCCUUUUUUACCUCUUGUUCACACUAGUUUUCUUACUGAUCCUAUUGGACUGUCUCUUCUUACAGAGACUGAUUUUGGCCAACAUGUGGCAGUUGAUAAUUAAUGCAUGUUUUAUGCAAAACAAAAAAUACGGUAUUAGUUGCUUUUAAGGAAUUCUGACAUUAUAUGUGCGUUUUUGUAGAAAUUGUUACUGGACUUAUAAUUACACAUUUAACUCCAAUCAGGUUUCUGUAAAAUUUAAAUAAAACC